GCAUUGCCAGCUCAUCACGUUUAUACUCGGUUCUAUCUAGAUCUCAUUGGAUCUUGAUAUGGUAUAAGUCCAGACGAAUGUGAACUUUUACCUUACUUCACCGCAAGUCUAGACCGGGGAUCGCCGACAACGUAAAGUCAUAAUGGCUACGGUUGCCGACCACGCUUACGACAUGUUCCCUCGUUCAAACGAGCACGACUUCAUGCUCUAUCCCGAGGCCCACCACCAGCAGCACCACCAUCACCACCAGAACGGCUACACGUCCCCGACAAUGGAGAUGCACAUGAGUCCAGGUGGUUUUAAUAUCCCCCGGAGCGUACAAGAAGAGUACCGCCCGGCUUCGGGAUACGAAGUUAGCUCGAUGUAUCCGGAAACGCACCUCAUGUAUAGCAAUAACCACAACCGAGCUUCUCCCAGCAUGUUCCAAGAUGAUUGCGAGAUUCCCGUUCCCGCAUCAAGCCUUUCCACUGCCUCGGCACCCUCAGAAACGGCGUCGUCAACUGUCGGGUCACCUAAUUCGAAUCACGGCCAAUUAGCUUUCUUCCCUGAGUACCAACACGCUGGUCUCAGUGUAAACCCUGGAAUUGUCGACCCAAGCAACUACUUUUCCGGAACGGAGUAUUCGACUUACCCAGGUAUGGAAGACUUUAACAUGACUUUCGUUGAUAACAAGGCUAUUGACCCUUCACUAAUGCGACCAAUGGCCCCGCCAAUGCAGGGGUUUGAUACUUUCUCUCCUCAAAACCCCUAUCCUAACUCACCGGCACUCUCUGGCACUGCUUCGCCUGCGCCGGCCAUGCGCAACGGCAGUCAGUCUCCUUACACACACGCCUUUCAACAAUAUAGUCCUUUCCAGGCACCCCCUGCCGCACCCGCCAGGCGACAGUCUCUAUCAUCUUACCAGUCACACGCCUCUCACGAGUAUUCAUAUAACAGCGACGAAUCGGAGAAGAAGCAAAGAUGUCCGCACCCCGAAUGCGGGAAAUCAUUUAAAGACUUGAAGGCUCACAUGUUAACACACCAGAAUGAGCGACCUGAGAAGUGCCCCAUUCAAACAUGUGAUUACCAUAUCAAGGGCUUCGCGCGAAAGUAUGACAAGAACCGUCAUACUUUAACCCAUUACAAGGGAACCAUGGUAUGCGGGUUUUGUCCUGGCUCAGGCUCGGCCGCCGAGAAAUCCUUCAACAGGGCAGACGUUUUCAAGCGACAUCUGACUGCUGUGCACAGCGUCGAGCAGGUGGCCCCUAACAGUAAGAGGAAGGCAACCUCGAUGAAUAGCGGGAAGAAGCUGACUGGCUACGCGCCAGAUGCCACAGGCAAGUGCUCGACCUGCUCGGCCACGUUCGAGAACGCCCAGGACUUCUACGAGCACUUGGACGACUGCGUCUUGCGCAUCGUCCAGCAAGAAGACCCCGCGGAGGCCAUCAACGCAAAGCGGCUGGCCGAAGUGGAGCACGACGAGGAGGUUCACCAGACCCUGGAGAAGAAUCAGCUGCCUCUCACCACGCAAAGCGUCCACAACUCCGACGACGAAGAGGACGAGGACAUGGCCGAAGACGAGGACGCAGGGGAUGACGAGCAUAAGGCGAGGAAGCUGAAUUCCCCCGUAACGAGGAAGAAGGGGGGCAACCCACCCAACGGCGUUCAGAAGUCGCGGGGCUUAACACAUUCGCGGGGUGGCGUGCAGCUCUCGGGUAGGGGCAAAAGCCGCAAGAACCGACGCGAAUACCCGUCUUCGUGGGGCUUCGAUAAGGGGCAGAUGACGAUGAAGAAGCGGGUCAUGGCGGUAUUCGACGGCCCCCGCCGACUAGCUAAGGACGACAUGAUGCUCUCGACCGAGCAUGAGGUCCGCAUACGACUUUCCGACGAGAAGUCGUACGUGACGGAUCUGGACGUUCAGACGCUGAGGCGGGCCAACGGCUUCCACAACGCUACGGAGGAAGAGAAGGGAAUAUGGAUUUCGGAUGAUCCGACCGAGGAAGACAGGAAGCGCAUGGAGUACGGCCACUAAAAGAGCUGAUGGGGGCGCCGCACUCGUAUAU